AUGGCAGAGAUACCUGGUGACCGUUUUCGUCGUGGGCAGCGUGCAUCGACGCCUUCCAUGACUGACAUGGACCACCAUCAUGCAAGAUUCAGUCAGCCGUCGCGGAGGCGUGAAUCAAAUAUCAGUGAACAUGAUAACUUCACUGUUGAUCCCUUAGUCCAAAGUUGGGGAGAGCAUGUGCACGCAGGAAAUUUUUCAUCCGAGACCACUCGUGCUUUAACUACGACCGGUCCACAAUUGCUCGAUAAUGCAUAUCUGGGCAUGCUGACCGCAGAACCGCACCCAGACACACAACUCUUCAACUACCAUUCAGGGUUUGAGGCUUACUCCGUCCCGUCACCCAGUCAUCAGUACGAAUAUCUAGGUACGGGCGUAGGCAUGUCUGACCGAUCUAAUAUGCCAUGGUUCUCAGCGCCUGCGUCGCCUGCACACCAAUCUGCGGAGUACUUUAGCAAUCUUGCCCGUAUGCAAGAUGCGGAGUUCGGACAUGGGGUUGCCCCUCAAGACUUCACCGACGUGUACCACCAAGGAGAUCUAGAUAACUACCCUCACUCCGGAAACUUCUCUCGUUCUCAUGGUCCUUCAUCUGCCAUAGUAAGAGGUAGAAAGAGAUCUUCAGGUUCAAGAAGAGGCGGCUUUGAAAACGACUUUGCAGCAAUGGACGUCGACCAAGAAAAGAUCGAUCAAUUCAACCAGGAGGAGAUCGAGAAGAAGCACCGCGGCCGCCCUCGACUUGAUAACCGGGAUGAGACUGCUGCUGAGAGACGACGAACUCAAAUCCGACUUGCGCAGCGGGCUUACCGUCAACGGAAAGAAACCACUAUUGCGUCAUUGAAGACCAGAGUUGAGGAUCUAGAGUCUACUAUCGAGACGAUGCUAAACCAUUUCUUCGAGAUCCACGAUUCUGCCAUUGAACACAAGCUAGUCGAAGCUAAUCCACAAUUCGGCCAAACCUUACGCACCGCAACUGAGAAGAUCCUGGCUCUCUCCAAAGAGAUUGGAACGUCGGCAGGAGGAGGCGAGGAUGGUGGCGACCAUGAUCCUGAAGAAAACCCCAAGGAAGGCGGAAAACCAAGAGGGGGUACAGACGCUGAAGGGACAGAAGAGGGCUUCUUCUCAGGACCGGCUGGCACGGUCCGCAAGGGGGAUCCUUCUCGUUCGCGGUCCACCGGUAGUCGAGAGAGCCAGGGAAGUGGAAACAUCCCACCAAAUACACCAGGAGACACAUUCAAUCUUGCAAGAAUCCGUGCUAGUAUUCCAAGUCGAGUUCAAUCACCAUCACCACACACAAGCUUGAUAUUACCCCCUCACGAAGAACGAACAUUUGCUCAACGUUUGCGUAGACUCGCAUUAGAAUGGAGGUACUAUCGCCUCGUCAAUGGUAACUCAGAUGUCACCCACGAGAAUCUACCAGCAAACUAUUGUCUGCUUUUUGCAUCAAAGGAUGAGACGCUUGAGAGUUUGAGACUCUUGCUCAGUGGGAGGGACAAGGAACCGUAUCAACUGGCCAAAUUCCCAAUUGCCCAUCUCGGAGGGUCCGGGUUGCAUUAUCGGGUUGAACGGAAUCUCAACGGAAACAUUCGGGAGAUUCGUGUUGGCCCAAGAGAUCAGGACCGUGCCACGAAAACUCCGGAUCUAUUGAAGGUUGCACUCGCCAACCGUGGUUUCGGUGACAAAGCUGAUGAGAUCAUUCCUGUGGUUGUGAGACUUGAGGAUGAAGGCCUGCUGGACCCGGAUGAAGUAGAAGCGGUCCUUGCGCUCCGAGGGAUCCGAUUGACCACUACAUCCGCGUCUCCCACCUCCCCGAUCCUCGUCAGCCGCAGUGAAUCGAGAUGGCAACUGCAAGACCCGUAUCAUGGCGGGCCAUCCGAAACCGGUCCACCAUACAAUCUUCCACCGGUGAUUCUCCCAUCACAAGGUGAGGAUGUGGCUAUGGAGGGUGGUUAUCGGAGUGGGCCGACGCGCCAAUACCAAGACCUUUCCUACAGCAAGGAGGUCAAAGUCGACAUCUUGCUUCGAGAACUGGUUUUGCGAGGUAUUUGCACAGGCCUAGGAACCGCUUUCCGAAGAGUUGAUGUGGAAGCGGCUCUAACUCUUGCGGCGUCACCUUAA